AUGGCAACUUCAAAAAGUAAUAAGCGAAAUGUAGGCUCUAGUCCUAGCCUUCAUCGUAACAAUGUUCCAACUCGUCUUGACAUCCCGUCCACCGCCCUUACUCCUUCUUCUUCAGCACCUUCAUCUCUUUCUCCACUUGUUGUUCCAGCUCAGGCUUCAAAUGGUCAGAUGUUAACUAACGAAAUUAAGAUUGCAAUUGGUGAAAGUGGAAGAAUAACACCACAACCCUUUGAGAGUGACACGGGUGGAUUUUCGAGAGAUGAUGUACUUCCAUCUGACGAUGAUUCUGCGAAAAUCAACGCUGCGCAUUUGCAAGAUUUAGAAAAAAUAGGAGAAGGAUCUGGAGCUUUUAUGGAAGAUGAUAAUUCUUCAAUUUCUAUCUUUAUGGAAUUUUGUGAGGGUGGAAGUUUAGAUGUAAUUUAUAAACAUGUUAAUCAAAGACAAGGAACAAUUGGUCAAAAAUAUAAAGUAUCAGCUGAUGUAUGGUCUUUAGGAUUGACGGUAAUGGAGGUCGCACAAAAUAGAUUUCCUUAUCCUACUGUUGCUCCAAUUGAAUUAGUUGCACAUAUAGUCAACUUACCAGCACCUGUGCUAGGUGAUGAAUACGAAUGGAGUAGUGAACUUAGAGAUUUUUUGAAAAAAAGACCAACACCAAAGCAAAUGCUUGGUCAUCCAUUUAUUCAAAAAUCAUCAAGUAGAGAAGUUCCUUUACGAAAAUGGAUUAAAGAAGUUUGGGAAUGGGAAGAUUAA